GGGCGCGUUCGCACUGUGCUUCAAGUCCAAGCACUUCCCAAACCAGUGCGUGGCAGCUCGGCGGGGCUCUCCCCUGUUGGUGGCCAUCAAGACCAAGGAGCACCUGGCCACCGACCACAUCCCCAUCAUGUACAGCAAAGGCUCUGGCGAACCGGUAGAGAAGCUCUCGCUGGCGGCCAUCGGGCUGUCUGGCCGAGACGACUGUCCAGGCGACGAUACCAAGGCACGGAAGAUCAGCCCCACAGACAUGCGCCAGCCGCCACGAAACGUGCCGCUCAUCCCUCGCUCCGAGUCGACGGCCGAGUUCCUGCCGACUGGCGACACGCAGGAGAUCGAGUUCUUCCUCGCCUCUGACGCCUCGGCUGUCAUCGAGCACACCAACCGCGUCAUCUACCUCGAGGACGACGACGUGGCCUGGAUCAGGGACGGCAUGCUCACCAUCCAUCGGCUGAAGCGGGCCUCUAUGGACGAGAGCAGCACCCGUGAGGUGCACACGCUCAUGAUGGAGAUCCAGGAGAUCAUGAAGGGAAGCUACAGCUCGUUCAUGCAGAAGGAGAUCUUCGAGCAGCCCGAGUCGGUCGUCAACACGAUGAGGGGCCGCAUCAACUUCGACACCGAAACUGUCGUGCUCGGCGGGAUCAAGGAGUUCCUGCCCGAGAUUAAGCGGUGCCGGCGGCUGAUCCUGAUCGCGUGCGGCACCAGCUUCCACUCCGCCAUCGCCACGCGCCAGCUGCUGGAGGAGCUGACCGAGCUGCCGGUGAUGAUCGACCUGGCCUCAGACUUCCUCGACCGCAACACGCCCAUCUUCCGCGACGACGUCUGCUUCUUCAUCUCUCAGUCGGGCGAGACGGCCGACACGCUGAUGGCGCUGCGCUACUGCAAGACGCGCGGCGCGCUGAUCGUCGGCAUCACCAACACAGUCGGCUCGUCCAUCUGCCGCGAGUCUCACUGCGGCGUGCACAUCAACGCCGGCCCUGAGAUCGGCGUCGCCUCCACCAAGGCUUACACGUCGCAGUUCAUCUCGCUCGUCAUGUUCGCGCUGGUUGUGUCCGAGGACCGGCUGUCGAUGCGGCCCCGGCGCACCGAGAUUAUUCGGGGCUUGAAGCAGCUGCCCGAGCUGAUCAAGGAGGUUCUGAAGCUGGAUAGCCGGAUCGAGGAGAUCGCCAAGGGCCUGUACCAGAACAAGUCUAUGCUGGUGAUGGGUCGCGGAUACAACUAUGCCACCUGCCUUGAGGGCGCGCUGAAAGUGAAGGAGAUCACGUACAUGCACUCUGAGGGGAUCCUGGCUGGUGAGCUGAAGCACGGUCCGCUGGCGUUGGUCGACCCCGGCAUGCCGAUCAUCCUCAUCUGCACCCGGGAUCCCACCUUCGUGAAAUGCAUGAACGCGCUGCAGCAGGUGACUGCCCGUGAGGGGCGGCCCAUUAUCAUCUGCAACAACGGUGACCCCGAGCCGGCCCGAUUCGCCAACGAGCUGCUGGAGAUCCCGCCCACCGUCGACUGCCUUCAGGGAAUCCUUACGGUCAUCCCACUGCAGCUGCUGUCGUACCACGUGGCUGUAAUGCGUGGAUGCAACGUCGAUUGCCCCCGCAACCUGGCCAAGUCUGUCACGGUCGAGUGACGCGCUCGCCCCGCCCCCUAGCGAGGAUUUAAUGCGUCGAAGGCCUCCGCCACGGACUUGCUGCCAGCUGGCUCAGUCGACGCUGCCCAGCGGCCGCGUACCUCACGAGAGGUUCGCGCCGUUGUCACCAGAUGGCCGUGCGUGCGGGCGUUCUAGUGGCGGUGGCGGUGCCACACUUCAGUGGGACUGCAAAAGGAACUAUUUGCCGCCGUCGAUGUGGCGUUGGCUGGAUGCCAGAGAAUUGGUAAGGUGUACAUGUCUGGAGUGGAGGACGUAUCAUGUGUGUGUGCGUGGGGUUUGCCCUCCCCGUGUUCGGGACAUGUUGACGCCGCUGCUGUGAUUAGGUAAUCGUCGUUGUAUUUUUGGUAGGUCAUCGGAUACGACGCCGUCUCGUUCGCUGAAACAAGUGCCUUAUUUCGUUGCAGUGAACGUUCGCUUGGUCACAGAACAUGAUUUUCAUUUUCGUUGUGUGAACGAGGCUGCGUUGCAUCUAUUGUAUAUUUUCUUGGUUCUGCUAUAAUUUCCGGUUUUUCGUCGGUUUAGUGUUGGUAUAUAUAGCUCCUAAUGUCUGCAGCAUGCGUGAAAGUAGACCGCAUCUUGUGUCCAUUUUUGAGCGCAAGUGUGCAUUAUUGCUACCCUGAAGGUUUAUCCGUACAAAAUAACCCUGGGACAUCCUGUGUGUUCUCUGAGUCUUGUUCUCUAUCGCGAAUGCGUGCUUGUAAUUGACAUUCCAUUCAGCGGUGUCUGCCGCGUUGAUGGUUGCUAGAUGUCGAAUGUCUUUGCCACAUGUUGCUUUCGCGUGUACAUUUUUUCAGGCAUAUACAAUGGCUCUUGUCCACUC